AUGCCUCAAGUAUUCUCAUCCUGGCAGGAAAAGCUCCAGCACGAGUGCAGCAGCUUCAGGGACAACUUGGAUACCCAAGCCCAUAUUCUCCGGCGCGACCCAGAUGGUCGAGGGAAAGAGCGCCAUGUGGGUGUCUCUCGGGCGGUAGUAAAACUGUCCGCUCAGGCGGAUCGAAUCAUAGACAUUGCACUCCGUAUGGUUGCUGAGGCUCCAGACAGCGAUAUCAUUCGUCGCAAUACUACCUUUUGGUGCCGUGAAGAGAACGGUCGCUAUAAGUUCGAGAAUGUGUUCUUUAGCAUGGAGCACGACUUGAUUCAUGUGGUAUUAGAUCUGAAGAAGGCGCCGUGUCAUUGCAAAUGUAAUGAUAUGGGUGGACGUCUUGACAGAAUCGCAAGGAAGGUUGCAUUCAACCUCAACGUUUAG